AUGUAUCCUACGUGUCAGGCUGGUACAGGCAUGUGCCCAGUGGAUAAGGCCCAUCGUAACCAAUGCCAAGCCUGUCGGCUGAAGAAGUGCCUACAGGCGGGCAUGAACAAAGAUGCUGUCCAGAACGAGCGGCAGCCCCGCAGCACGUCUCAGGUGCGUCUGGACUCCAUCGACGUGGACACGGACAAGGAGCAUCUGUCCACCACACGGGAUCCCACUUCCUCUUCUUCUUCCUGCUCAGUGAUCACCCGACCUCACAUCACCUCCACCUCAAUCAGCUCGUCGUCCGCCCCACCGCAGCGCUGUGCACCACCCAGCCCACAGAACAACCACCGCUUCAUGGUCAGCCUCAUGACCGCUGAGACCUGCGCUAAACUGGAGCCUGAGGAUGUUGAUGAGAACAUUGAUGUGACCAGUAACGAGCCAGAGAGGGAGUCCUCAGAUUACCACAUGUCCCUGUACCCUUCCAGUACAGAGAAUGUAUACGAGACGUCAGCCCGGCUUCUCUUCAUGUCUGUUAAAUGGGCCAAGAACCUGCCAGUGUUCUCCAAUCUCCCAUUCAGAGACCAGGUAAUCCUGCUGGAGGAGGCAUGGUCUGAACUCUUCCUGCUGUGUGCCAUCCAGUGGUCUCUCCCCCUGGACAGCUGUCCUCUGCUGUCCCUCCCCGACCUGUCCCCCCCAACCAUGCAGAGCAAGACAUCCUACACCAGUGUGGACCUGCGUCUGCUCCAGGAGGUCUUCAGUAGGUUCAAAGCCCUGGUCGUAGACCCCACUGAGUUUGCCUGCCUCAAGGCCAUCGUCCUCUUCAAACCAGAGACCCGAGGUCUGAAGGACCCGGAGCAGGUCGAGAACCUACAGGAUCAGUCCCAGGUGAUGUUGGGACAACACAUCAGAUCACAUUACUCCAGUCAGCCUGCCAGAUUUGGGAAGCUCCUCCUGCUGUUGCCCUCUCUGCGUUUCGUCAGCUCUGAGCGGAUCGAGCUCCUCUUCUUCCACAGGACCAUCGGCAACACCCCUAUGGAGAAACUUCUGUGUGACAUGUUCAAGAACUAAUACAAGGAAAAACAAAAUGGACGCCCAGUUACACUGCACUGAGAUACACCGCACGUGAACAUGCCCGAAUGCUAACAAACUGAUGUGUGUGUAACAGGAUGUUGUAAAUAUCUUAUUGCUGUGUGUAAAGAGAACCAUGUAAAUAUGUAAUUGCUGUAAGAGAGUAAACAGACCUGCUUUUUGAGCUUGAUAAUGUGUUAUAAUGGGCUUCGCUGUGUGUUGGACCCCGGACUCAAAAUGUCCUUUACUGUAGGCAGAAUGUUUGUGUCUCAUUUCUUUAGUUACAUUUCAGUCUAGUCG